GAAAAAACUGGCAUACUACCCAUGAUUACUAACGAUGAGUUAGCUAAUAUGAUUCAUAAUCAGGAAAAUAUUUUAAUAAAUAAACAAAAUAACGCUAAUCAAAUAGUCGAAAGUUUAACCAGUUCAUCUAAUAACCCUUUGGCUAAUUUAUUAACAAAUGCAUUAAAUGACUUUUUUCAUGAUCUGGAUGAAGAAAUUCCAACCAAAAAUGUUUUGAAUGAAAAUGAUAUUAUAUAUUUAAUUCAAGAAGAA